CGUCAUGAGGACAUUCUUUCUGUUGUGCCUGGUGGGCGCGUCGCUGGCGGCGUCCCCGACGUCCUCGUCGUCUUCGUCUUCGUCGGUGUCCUCCUCGUCGUCGGUGUCUUCGUCGAACGGAGCCCCGUCGACCAAGCGGGACGACUUCAGCGUGGCCGCCUCGGCGAGCCAUCCGGUCUAUUCGCCGUCCGCUUCGUCGGGCGCCGCGGGCUACUCCGGCUCGUCCGGGUACGGAGCCUCGGGCUCCGGCUACUCAGGCACGGGAUCCGCAGGGUACGGUUCCUCGGGCUCGAGCGGAGGCUACGAAGCCGCAGCCUCCAGCACAAGCUACCAGAGCCAGGCGAGCCCCAACAGCAACCUCUACUAUUACUACUACCCUGUCUCCAAGAACAACCCGCAGUCCGGCGGCGGCGGAGCCGGCAGCUCCGGUGGCUCCGACGCCGACUACCAAGCAAGCGCCGCCCAGAACUACGCCGGCGUGUCCUCGCCAGGCGGAAGCUACGACCAGAGCGGCGGCGGCGGAUCCUCGUCCUCCGGCUACGGCACCGGUGAGGGCAGUUCCGGCUCGGGCUACGACGGCGACUCCAACGCCGCGGCCGCCUACAACGCAGCUGCUGCGGCCAGCUACCAGCAGCAGCUCCACGCUUACGCUGCUGGACAGGGCGGAGGCUCCAGCUACGGUCCAGGACAGUACGCUCACCUCAGCCAGCUGGCCCAGCAGUACGGACCCCAGCUCGCGGCUGCGCAGCAGUAUGCGCAGUACGCUCAAUCUGGAGGCGCCGGCCAUCACUACGGUGGCGGCGGAGGCGGUGGCGGUGGACCUUACGCGUCGCCAGCGUUCCAGGGGAACUACGACACGUCGAAGCGGUACUACGGUCUUGGUUCCAUGAUCAUGCCGUUGUUGGCCCUCGCGGGUCUCGGCCUGCUCAUCCCGACGGUGACCAGCCUGAGUGGAAAGAAGAAGAGGUCCGUGGACGACGACCGGAGGGCUCACUUGGGGGACUACGCCGAGCGGCUGGAGAGGUACUUCAAGAUCUACAGAGCGGCCGUGGAGAGCGAGGAGUGCAUGAACAGGAUCAUCUGCGAGCUGGGCGACGCCAUGAGCGGGGUCCGCGGGAAAUCGGCAUUGCUCACGGUCAUGGAGAAGUUUGCUCCCGGAUGGAUGACCAACAAGAUGGGGGUCUUCAAGUCCGCUGCCCUCACCGCAGAGACCAGCAAAUGCGUCCGGUACAAGUGUUGACGGCCGCAACCUAGAACGAAAGCAGACAGACGACCCCGCACCAGGCGAUUGCUCCCCACCAUCCUAGACUGCACACUAAGGACCUACCUGUGGGAUGUAGUCCUCAGGCCUAACCGGGCGCAAUCAUUACUUUUAUGAGACAGCAGGAUCUGUCACAGAUGCCCCCUGGAACAAAUGAACUGAAGGAUGUUGUAGUCUGGUUAAUUGAGCCGUCAUGACGAUGAUGGCAACCUCACGUUUGAUGAGUGCCACAUUCUAAAUCAGUUUUGUCCUGGUACAGAAGCCAUUGGCAUCAGGGUCAAAUCUCGAUAGGUCACUCUGCAGAACCGUGCCAGGUGGCCAAGCCUACCUUGGGGCGGUCCUCCGUGCGACUAGGUAUGCCAGGUUAGCUUCUUUUUUUUUUUAUAUAUAGCAUUAGUCGCCAUAGUUAAUUUGAAAAUCCCCUAACUUUGGCCAAGUCCACCCUUCAGUGUCGUCGACUAACCGAAACACAUGCCCCCAUUGUUCAUUCAUAAUGCGGUACACCAUUUCCAUCAUUGUCAGCUCCAAGUCUCUAGUAGUCCUAACAGUUACGACUAUCAUCACAUCAGCAGCUCUUUCUCUCCCCAGCCCAUCCAUUGUAAGUUUAUUAAUGCCUUUCCUUAAGACUUUUCUCAAGCGCUCCCUAAGGCACUUCCGAGGACCUUUCCGCUUGUUCCAGAGCCACAAACGACAUUUUUCCAUGCGCAGAAAGCUUUCCCUUCUAGGCAAGGAACUUGGCAAUAACGUACAUAAAUGGCCAUAGCAGAUUAAACUAAAACCCAAUGUUUUUCAGUCGCUUAGAAAGGCUCGUGGCAGCGGAUAAAUUCCGAGGCGGUGCGAAAAUGUUUUGGCAUCUCGCUUCGACGUUACUUUGUCCUCAGCACAUCAUGGUCAGCGUUUUUGUCGUUGUGUUAGGUCUUGGGUUUAGGCUCUUUUCACAAAACAAGCCGCAUAGACGGCACCGGAACUUUCCUUCGAUAAAAUACGGUCAAACUACAAGCGGGCUUUGGUUUCCAAUGCCACCGCCCCCCACCUCUUACAAUUUCCUCACGGGCAUUUCAUAUUAUGGUAAGCUCAUUACUUAGGGUGUAUUUAUUUAUUCACGUGACUUAGCUUUUUUUUUUUUCGUCCACAUCUCCAAAAUACAAAUGACACGGGGAGAUGCGCAAUAAAAAAAGAAAUGAACAAACAAACAAGUGGAAAUAUGUGAAUGCAUCUUCUUACUUCAUAGAAUGCCCCACCAACCACACUGACUCUUUUUUUUUUUUUUGAUCCUAUAUGUGUGUAUACUAUACAAUGUGUUUUCUAUACCUUUUUGCCAAUGUAAGAGUUACUGGAGAACUCAACAAGUGUUUGGUAUCCGAACUUGUCUUCUAUUUUCUUCUUCGUGUUUUGUUCUUACACAAAGUGACCUCUACGGAGAACUUCGAGAUAGUUGCUUUUUCUUGUCCGGAAUUCGCCUUCAAGUUUGGCAGCAUGUUGCAGUAGUUACGACACGGAUGCCGACACUUCAACACCGAGAGCCUUUGCAAAGGCCUACUCCAUUUUUUUUUUCUCUGGAACUUCAGGUACGGUUCGUAGAACAAAGUCAAUAAAUACUUUUUAUCAAAAAAGAAAA